AUAGUAGUGGAGAAGCUGGAGAAGAAAGGUCUUGUAUUCAAGCCAAACAAGGGGUCUGAUGAUGACAUUGAGUUGGUGGAGCAUAGUGAAGACUGGGUGGGGAAGUAUGGUCCAUCAAAAUACAAAUCAUCAAAAUAUUGGACAGAUGUAAAAUCAACUCCUGCAAAAGAAGAUAUAGACAACAGGGUGGACGCAUCCUUCACCACUGGGAACGGGAAUAAAUUGGCGCGUGAGAAAGGUGUGCAUCACAACACACCUGGUACGGGAGAUGAAGGAGACCCCUUCGUUAUUGAGGACAAUGUGUCAGACGGGUCUAGCGCCGAUAAAUCUGAGGAGAUUAGUAUGGAUAGUCUGAACACCCGUAUUAAAAAUGCGAAAGAAAAUGGCACUCCGGAGAAUGAUGGGAAGGAGAAUGAUGGGAAACGCAAGAGGAAACAGUCAAAAUAUUGUCUUUCACCUUACCAGCAGAACGGUGGACGUAAACAUGCAAAGAAAAGUCUGUUUGGUAUAAGAGCUACUAUGAUUAAUACUGAUUACAUUAAUGAGGAUCACAUAGAGGCCGCGAAGGUUUAUAUCCGGACACUGGCAGACUCGGAGAAGCUUUGCAGCAAAACUGUCGUGCACAUGACGGGAAUUGGUGGGGAAACAUGUACACCUGAAAUGCUUGAAGCCAUCAUUUCGAAAAAGUGGUUGCAUGGCGGUGUCAUUAAUAGUUAUUGCAACCAUAUGCAGACCCAUAAUCCUCAUGCUGACCGUCACAUAUUAUCAUCUUGGGUGUCCCACUGGCUUAUUCUUCGUGCUGAUGGAAAGGUUAACAACUCUAAGAGGCAUUUUAUGGAUCACUUCACAAACCAAACUAAAAUGGUGUCUAGAGUUAUUGAAGAGUAUUUCAUCAAAGAUAAGAGGGCAGAAAUAGCAAAUGAUACAAAGGAGGUGAAUGCUCUUAUUGAAACGGAACAUCCUGACGUAUCAUCCUGGCCAAUAAGGGAGUACGAUAUGCCGUCACAAACAGACGGAGUCUCUUGUGGUCUUUUCGUGGUGAAAUGCGUUCAAAACUGGGACGGAGAUGAUUGGACAUUUGAGUUUGAUCAAGAUGAGGUUAAUGCUUCAAGGGGACACAUUCUAGCUGAAAUACUUUUUUCAGAGUGCAACACGAAGGAAGUAGUGAAAGAGAAGAUCCUCAAGAUCAUGGAGAAGAAAUGA